AUGUCAACUAUUUUCGAAGUUAUCGAUAGCCUUUCUCUUCCAAAAAAAGAAACGAAUAAACUUCAAAUUUAUCUUAUUAAACAUAACCAGGAGAGAGAUAUAUUGCAUUCUGCACUUAUGAGUCCCUUAAAAACAGACGAAGAUAAACUUGAGUUAUUAAAAGAAUUUUUGAAGACUCUGUCUGCUGACUUGAACAAGGAAGUUAUUAUCCUUUCGCCACUUCCAGGAACAGAAAGCGAAACACAUAUAUAUAAGCACCGUUGUUAUGACUAUUUCAAUAAAAUCAUUCUCGAGAGCAAGAAACAUAAGCGUUUCUGCAUCACCGGGAAUCCAGGAACAGGGAAGACGUUUUUCGGACGUUAUAUUAUUAGUGUUUUGUUAAAAGAAGGUUUCGAACUGUUGGUAGACGAUGCCAGUUACUCGCACCUAUAUCUCAUUACUCGUGAUGAGAUGAAUACUUUUGAUGUAGAGGUAAAUCACGAUUUUGAUACCGGAAAACUUAUUAUGGUAUCAUCACCAAAGGAUUUGAACAUAAAAAAUUUUUGCAAACCAGUUAAUAUAACAAUCAAAGUAUACAUGCAAAUUUGGUCAGAGGCCGAAUUAGAAGAAUGUCGAUCAUUAAUCUAUCCAGAAUUUUCAAAGGACAAUCUUCAUGAAUCUUACCAAUUAUGUGGCGGUAUUCCAAGAAUGAUUUUCAAAUGCAAAUUAUCCGAGAUAAACAAGAUGAUUACGGCUUCUGUUAAUAAUAUUGGCACUGACAUAUUCAGAUACAUUGGCACACUUAGUGAUGUUGAUAAUUAUAGUCAUAAUUUAGUACAUAUUCAUACUAAUGAGGAGCCGGUAAAUGAAAUCAUCAAUGGGCACAUCUUUGUCAAUUCCCCCUAUACUUCUUGUGAAUUAAAGUUUGCUUCAGCAAUUGUUGGUGAUAAAGUUUUUGCAAGACUAAAAGAAUUCUACAAAGAAGAAACGUACAAGUUUGUCUUUGCAUCAGCUUCUGUGUCAUUAUUAGAUUCUGUACGUGGACAUAUGUUUGAAAUUAUCGCACAUAAUGAACUAAGCGCUGGCAAACCAUUUUUGAUACGCUCACUAGAAGGACGUAAAAAAUCCUGUGCGAAAGAACAAAAAUUACGACUUCCUCAGCUUACAAUAAAAAAUUGUUACACAGUAGAUGAUAUUGAAGAUGGCAAAUACUGUAAACCGGUAGCAAAGAAUUUCGAAACUAUUGAUUCCAUCUAUAUUGGAAAAGACUAUGACUAUACAUUUCAGAUGACGGUAGGAAGAACGCAUGAUAUUAAACAACAUGGACAUGAAUUACUACAUGAAAAGCUAGUGGUGAGUCAGCAGAUCAUACCAUCCGACACUAUUUUGUUGUUCCAAAAGAUACAUUUAAAAAUUUCCAAAAACAACCUUUCACAGUGA